CCCCAAACGGAACAAUCCGUUCGAACGAUUCAUAUUCAUAACAUUUCGUGUUUCGUGCAAUUUAAGCACUUACGAAAUGUUACAUAGUGUUUUAUAGAGGUGUAGAGAAGAAUUAGAUGUAAAGUGCAAAUGUAACUUUUAAUACAAUUUAUAUAUACGUAGAAACAUUAGUUGAUAUUAUUAAAUAUAAUUUUCUGUUUAUGUACCGUGUGUCUAAUUUUCCUGCAAUACGUUUGUCAUCGCGAAGAAUUGUGGCGCCAAAGCAAUAUACGCAUAACUUAGGUUUUAAUGAUUGUAAAUUCUUGAAACGAAAUUUUAAAAAAUUACAGAUCAAUUUGUCAGUAUUGUGAUAAUUUAUUAUUACUUCAAGAUUAUUUUAUUUUUGAAACGCGUCAUAUAGUUUAUAAACAUCGUCAUUUUAUUUUUUUGAAGAAUUAUGUCGGACCGUGAAUUGUCAUUUAACGAAGAAACAUCUUCCUCAGAUAUGUUCAACGAUGUAAAUAACGUAUCAAAUAAUCCUGUAAAUUUCGAUGAUUCAAGCUCAAUGUCUAUUGAUGUUAAUGAACCAGAACCUUUAGAUGAUGUACCUGAAUGGAAAGGUGUGAGCAUGGAUGAGAUACGUAAAGGUUUAGGCGUAUAUGAUUGUCAGGAGUUACCACCUAUUUGUGCAUCUUCGUCUCAUAUAGUAUUAAUAUCAUUACCAUUACCGGCUCGUGGAACACCAAAACCAUAUCCUACUUAUCAUGUAGAAAAAUGGUGCCAAGAUUAUGUGAGGAUGCCACAUUCAAAACAUAAUUUGUAUUUAAAUGGAUCCAGACAUAAUCGAAACAGAUGGGAAAUAAUACAAGAGUCAUUACUUCAAAAUUUUGUUUCAACUCAGCAGUUAGAAAGUGCAAUACUUUCUUAUAAUCAUAUAUAUGCACAACGUUGGGAUUUUACAGCAUUGCAUCAUUUUUUUUCUGAGGUACUUGAUGAAGAAGAAACAAAUACUUUCUUUGAAACUUUGAUGCCAAAAAUGGUUCAACUUGCUUUGCAACUUCCUGUUUUGGUAACUGGUUCAGUGCCUCUUUUGAAGCGCCACACUAAUGGCACAAUCAGUCUUAGCCAGUUACAAAUAGCUUCUUUAUUAGCUAAUGCAUUUUUCUGUACGUUUCCAAGACGUAACUCAACCGAUCCACAAUCUGAAUAUGGAAGAUAUCCAUACAUCAAUUUUAAUAGAGCAGCCCCAGAAGGUGUGGUAACAAUACAACGGCGUUAUAUUCCUAAAUCUGAUUGUCCAAAAUGGGAUGAACAAGUACAAACUCUAUUACCCUUACAUAUUACAAGUAGGGGAACUAUAGAAGCAGAAGGAACUGGAUUUUUGCAAGUGGAUUUUGCUAACAAAUAUGUAGGUGGUGGUGUCCUUGGUCUAGGAUGUGUGCAAGAAGAGAUAAGAUUUGUAAUUUGUCCUGAAUUGAUGGUAACAAUGCUUGUUACAGAAGAAUUAGAUGAUACUGAAGCAUUAAUUGUUAGUGGUGUUGAAAGAUACAGUAAAUACAAAGGUUAUAGUAACAGUUUUAAAUGGAUAGGAGACUAUGUUGAUGAAACACCUAAAGAUAGUAGUGGAAGACGGUUAACAUCAAUUGUUGCGAUUGAUGCUCUUUAUUUUAAGAAUUCACAAAUGCAAUUUAAUAUAAAUAAUAUAAUAAGAGAACUUAAUAAGGCAUAUGUUGGAUUUGUUGGUUGUGAAGGUAGUAAAAAUAACUUACCAGCUAUUGCAACUGGGAACUGGGGAUGUGGCGCAUUUCGUGGAAAUCCAAAACUAAAAGUUUUGUUACAGUUAAUGGCUGCAGCUGUAGCAGGUCGAUCAAUGGUUUAUUUUACUUUUGGAGACACAAAUUUACGAGAUGAUAUUGCUGAAAUGCACAAGCAUUUUGUAAAACAUGAAACAAAUAUAGCUCAUAUUUUUUCAUUAUUGCUGCAAUAUCAAGAAUUUGCUUCAACAGAGAAUUCAGAUUUUUAUCGUUUUUUGUAUAAUCGAAGUAAAAUGAAACCAAUAACUCAACAUUUAAGUAAAAAUAUUCACACAAAACUUUCUGUGGUAAAAGAAGUUGUAUUUAAAAAAAGUAAAAGUGUUAAUAAUGGAGAGGAAAGAUCAUUUCAUUCUGAUAUCAAAAAACAUACACGAAUAGAAGAAGAAAAAAUACAAGAAUUUUUUGAUGAAGAUGACAUAAGUAAAAAGAAAACAGAGAUUUCAAAUGAAGAAUAUGUCGAUGUUAGAAAAGCUAUAGAGAAAGAACAAAUUCCAAGUAAAGAUGGUAUGAAGAAAAAAGAAGGACAAGUUCACGAUAGAGAUAGUACAGAGAAAAAAAGAAAAUCAUUAUUAUGGAAAGAUACGAUGCAGGUUAAAACGAUUCAAGAACAUCGAUUAUCUGGUUUAGAAUUAUUAGAUUCAAAGCAAGAGCUUAUUUCACAAUAUGUAGAUAAUGGUUGUAUCAAUAGUGAAUCAAUUACAAAUGAAAGUCGUCAGUCAAUAAUACCUGCGGAUAGUAUACACGAAUCAGUUCGAAGUGGAAUUCUAAGUGAAAACUCUGUACAUUCACAUAAACAUAAAUCACCAACUAAAAAAGUUGGACAAAGAAAAAUUUCAGAGUUUUUUCCAUCAACAACAAAUAUUAAGUAUGAACAUAAUGCGUAAACUACGAGGGGGUACUAACGUUGGAGGCAUGGGUUCUAGCAGUACUGGUUUAGAUGAUUGUACUGGAAGUACAAAUUCUCAACAUACUGCUUUGGGUCUUAUGCACCUUAAAAAACUAUUUUUUGAAUAUACCUAUCCUCCACAUCCCCUUUCUGAGGCUGAACGUAAUGAUAAACUAUAUAACAUGUUACCAUUGUUUUGCAAAGUAUUUGGAUCUAGUCCAACAGGAGAUAUGAGUGAAAAAUUUUGGGACAUUUUACCAUUAACACAACAAGUCUCUAAGUUAAUGGUAUUUGAAAUCAGUAGAAGGGCAAGCAAUCAGAGUACUGAAACUGCAAGUUGUGCCAUUGUAAAAUUUUUAGAAAUUGAAAAUAGUGAAGAAUCAAGUAAUGGUUGGAUGUUACUAUCUGCAUUAAAUUUGCUUGCAGCAGGUGAUAGUUCUGUAAUACAGGAAAUGACUACUGAUUCUGUUCCAUCAACAUUAGUAAAAUGUUUGUAUCUAUUUUUCGAUCUGCCUGAAAUGAUUGACGACGAGGCCGAUAUUACGGAUGCAAGUAGCGAAUUUACUCCGAAACAGCGUCGAAUAUUGUUACAAAAAAUAUUCGUACAAUUAUUGGUGAGAUUAUGUAGCCAUCCGUAUCCAGCAGAAGAACUUGCUCGCAAAGAUGAUUUAACUUUAUUAUUCUCAGCAAUAACUAGCUGGUGUCCUCAUUAUAAUGUAAUGUGGCGUAAAAGCGCAGCAGAAGUAUUAAUGACUUUGUCUCGACAUGGACUUACCCAAAAUGUAGUAAGGUACAUCCACAAUAAAGGAUGUAUAGCAUUAUGUGUUGAUAAUAUGCAACGUGUACCUGAACUGGCACCAUUGGAAGUGGUAGAAAUGUUUGUUACAGUAUUUUGUUUCUUAAAAGAUUCUAGUGAGGUAUCUCAAACACUUCUGGACGAUUUUCGUGCUUGUCAAGGAUAUAUCUUUUUAUCGGAAUUUUUAUUAAAACAUGCUCCAUCAAGAUUAGAACAAGAUACUAGAGCAGAGGCUCAAGAUGCCAUUCGGAAUUUAGUACUUAUGUUGGCGUCUCUAACAAUGUGUGGCCAUACAGAAUUAAAACCAAGUCAAGCUAGUAUGGGAUCUUUGUUCCAAAUGUUUGGUUUUAUUUUACCUCAACCGAGUAAUAGAGGUGGAAGUGUUAGAAAUAUUCAAGCAUUCCAAGUAUUACAGUCUGUAUUUGUAAAGUCUAAUUCCCCACUCUUAUGUUGUACAAUUCUUGAUGCAAUAUCUAGUGUAUAUCAUAGUGACAACGCUAAUUAUUUUAUACUUGAAGGGCAAAAUACGUUAUCUCAAUUUGCAGAAAAAAUUCACUUAAAAAAUCGGGAAAUACAAGAAAAGUUCUUUCAGCUAUUAGAGUUUAUAGUAUUCCAACUUAAUUUUGUGCCUUGUAAGGAACUUAUAUCUUUAUCUAUACUAUUGAAAACAAAUAACUCAACCAGUUGCAAUGUAUACAGAGAAGUGGGUAUGUUAGAAGUUUUUGUUACAUGUCUUCAUCGUUAUGCAACCUUACUCAAAGAUAAGCAAGCUGCACAAGAUCAAGGAUUAGAAUAUAAAAUCUGCCCAGAAGAUGAGCGAUUGGGUGCCUUAGUAAUGGAAGCUUUGACGACAUUGUUGGCAACUAAUGUUCAGAAUGCUAAUGUUUUUAGGGAAUGUGGUGGAGCGCGUUGUGCUCAUAAUCUCGUGCCCUAUAUGGAUUGUCGAUAUCAAGCACUUGGUAUUGUUAGAGAAUUAAUACUUAGUGCAGGAGCAGAUGACGACAUGGCUACAUUACUAGGUGUUAUGCAUUCAGCACCUUCUAAUGCCUUAGUAUUAAAGACACAUAUAUUAAAAUCUUUAUUGGCUUGUUUACGAGAAUCUCAUCGAACUAGAACUGUUUUUCGAAAAGUAGGAGGAUUCGUAUAUGUGAUGUCCGUUUUAGUAUCUUUGGAAAGUCAAUUAGGCACACAAAGGUCAGAGAAUAUAGAACCAUGUAAUGAUAUAAUAAAGAGAACACCACAAGAAGAAGCACAAUUACUGACUCUUUUACACGUUGUAUUUCAUACUAUAAGUACAGCUAUGAGAUUUGAACCAGCAAAUGCUAAAUUUUUCCAUCAUGAAAUAUGUCAAUCGAGUUUGUGUGACACUUUACGACUCCUUGGAUGUUUCUCAACACAGAUAAAACUUAUUGAAAUAGAUAUAAUACCAACUAUAAAUUACCAUAAUAUGUUGUCAACGCUAUUUAUUGGAAGCGUAUUAGAACCUGUAUUUUCAGAUAUUAUACCAAAAACAUUAGCAUAUGCAUGCUUAUUGUUACGACUUCUAUAUGAUGUAGCACUUGACUCUUUUGAUAAACCAAAUUUGGCAGGUCUAGGAAUGAGAUCGCCAAAUCAUAAGCAAAAUAGCGUUGAGCAACAAAAAUCUUUCGAUUCUCCGGGAAGCGGAAAAAGAAGUGUUAUAAAUUCUUUAAAUCUGAGUCCACCUACACCUGAACCAAUUGUAGUUCAUCCUGGCAUAGUUGUUGGAAUGCUACAUUUACUUCCAUCAAUUUCAGAACCAUCUAAUCCACAAAUGGCAUUAGCAUUGCAAUUAUAUGUCGCUGAAAUUAUUAAAAGUUUAGUGCGAUCUGAAAGAAACCAACAAAUAAUGUGUGAUGCUGGAAUGGCGGGUGAAUUGUUAUCCGUGGGUAGAAUAGCUUUGCAAGAUGAAACACAUCCUUUACAUCAACCACUACAAUAUAUUAUAGAAAGACUUGCAGCACAAUCUUUAGAACCACGUGAUUUAAGAGAAUUUUUGCGUUUGGGUGAUCCAUUGUGUUGUAUUUCACUCGAUGAUAUUGACUUAAGUAAACCUCGAGGUGGACCUGUACCAUUGACGCGUAUUAAAACUUUAGUAUCUAUGACAACUCCAAAAGAUUUUCGAGCACACGGUUCUUGUACUUUACCACCCUUCGUGGAACUUGAUAUGAGUACAGAAGGAUUUGCAUGUCUAUAUUUACCUAGUGUUGCACCACAAAGUACAACUCCACCUACAGUAGUAGCUGCUGACAGUAGCGUAUUGGGUGGAAUUGGUUCUGGCGAUAGAUUAUUUCCUCCUCAAACUGGUUUAACAUACAGUACAUGGAUAUGUGUUGAUAAAUUUAGUGAUCCUAGAACUGAUUCUCACUGCGUACGAUUGUUAACGUUAGUUCGUAUUCCUCAACCAACCAGGGAUUUAAUUUGCUUAACUGCAGUGCUUAGCGCAAGAGACAAAGCUAUUAUCGUGUCUACACAAGAAACACCACUGCUACAAAAUAUAUGUGAAUGGGAACCAGAAGGUACUGGUGAGUGUGGUGCAAGAGUUUGGUGUCCAGAUUUGCUUCACGAAGGCCAAUGGCAUCAUAUAGCUAUUGUACUGAACCGUGCUGUUUUAAAAAAUUCAAGUUUCUCAUUAUAUUUGGAUGGACAACAUAUUCAUAGUCAAAAGCUUCAUUACAUUACACAAAUUCCUGGAGGAGGAGCAGCAAAUUUAACAGUAGCAUCUCCAGUAUAUGGAUAUAUAGGUACACCACCUUUUUGGCGACGAUAUUCAAGACUUACAUGGAAGCAAGGGCCGUGUCAUUUAGUAGAAGAAGUAUUUAAUUCUCAAAAUAUAAUGGCAUUAUUUAAAUUAGGCCCACAUUACAUGGGCAGCUUGCAAGCUCCACAGUUAUCAGGACAAGAACCUUUAAUGCCUCUUGUUGCAGAAGAAAAGGUUGUAUUUGGAUUAAAUGCUAAAGCAAUGUCUCAAUUGACAUUAGCUAAAAUUAGGAAAGUUUAUAGUCGGGCUGAUAAUAAAUCAAUUGCUAAACAGCAUGGUAUGCCAUCACACGAAAAUGCUACUCCUAUUAGAGUUCUUCACAAUUCAGCAGGACAUCUAAGUGGACCGGCACGAGCACUUGGUGGUGUAGUUAUUGGAUAUCUUGGUGUUCGAGUCUUUAGUCCCCGACCAGUAGCUACAAUGAUUGAUAAUGUAGGAGGAUGUUCAGUAUUGUUAGGUUUAAUAGCUAUGGCUCAAGAUGUAGAAUCUUUGUAUGCAGCUGUUAAAGCCUUAGUUUGUGUUGUGAGAUCUAAUCAAGUUGCCCAACAAGAAAUGGAUCGCAGAAGAGGAUAUCAAACAUUAGCGAUGUUACUAAGAAGGAAAUGUCCUCUUUUAAAUAGUCAUAUUUUACAUCUUACAUUCAGUCUUGUUGGUACAGUUGACAGUGGUAGAGAAACUAGUGCAAUACCUAAUGUUAUGGCAUUUCAAGAUCUUUUAUGUGAUUUGCAAAUUUGGCAUGAAGCACCUGGUGAACUUUUAAGGUCACUUCUAGAACAUUUAUAUGAAUUAGUAGCAGAAUCAAGUGAAAAAAGAACAAAUUUACGUUUAAUGAGAGAUUUACAAUUAGUACAUAAAUUGCUGCAUAUUUUAAGCGAUGUAAAACAAAGUAGUACAAGACAGAUUCUACUUGCAUUACUUAGUAUUCUGUUUGGGCAAUUUAUUGUUGCUACAUUACCUCAAAGUUCAGAGAAGCACUUAAUUCUUCGAGAAAGCGAAGGAAAUAAGGAAGGAGAAGGAGAGCAUAUACUUUUGCGAAAUCGUUGCUUGCAACUUUUACACUCUCUGUUAUUUAAUGGCCCAAAAGUGAAUGCAAAUAUGUGUGAAGAAUUAGCCAAAGUAUUAGGUUUGGAUUGGAUACUACUAUUUCUUCAAUCUGGCCUUCAUAGUACUACUGUAAUAUGGGGAUUACGAAUUUUAGUAGCUAUUUGUUCUGUACAACCAAUAUUACAAAAAUUUAAAGAAGGAACUAGUAAUGGUGGUUGGUUACGCCAUACAGACCAUAAUAAAAUGGCAUUAGCACUUGGUUGUCACCAGCAAAUGACUGGUGGUGAAACCAAACCAUCUGGCCUUCAUGUACCAGGAUUUCAACAUUUAGGAUGGUUGUUACCACAGCAUGUAGAUCUUGUACCAGAAUUAUAUUUUCUUUUUAUUGCUCUUAUGAUGGGACAACCUGUAAAAUUAUUACCUACUGAUUCAAAACUCGAUUUGAACAAUGUAUGGAAUUUCUUGUUUGGUGUUCCUGCAAAUCAUACGCUAUCCUCUUUUGCGAGCAGAAUUAAUCUUUGUCCUGAAGCCGUGGUAACUUUAUUAGCGAUGGUACGAACAAUGUUAAAUAAUUAUUCAAUCAACCCUGAAUGUUUACCUGAUUGGUUAAGCGAUUAUCCAGUGACAAUAAUACAGUUGCUUUUCUUUCUUUAUCACAAUUUUACUGAUUUUAUGCAAGUAUUUAUGUCUGCGGAAGUAUUGGGUGCUUUAUCUGGUACUUUAUUUCCGAAACCUGCAAGUUCUAGUCAAGAUAGUAGUGGAGCUAGUACUCCAGCAGAUGAGCAAGAGCCAGUAUUAGUAAGAUCUCCAUCAAAAGAUGUUGGCUUAACAAAUCAUCCAGCAAAAAAAUUUGUUAUGGAUUUUUUGCGAGUUAUUGUAGUAGAUUCACUUUCUUUGCCUGUUAGUGCAAAAUCUCCACCAGCAAUUGAUUUAGUCUUGGAAGCAUGGCCAGAACAUGCAUCUACAGGACAACAAACACGUUAUCAAACAGAAAUUCUAUCAAUUUUAAUGGAGCAUCUGUUAGCUGCAGAUGUUUUAAUUGGAGAACAAGCAGCAUUACCUGUCGUUCCUGGCGGAUCAGUUAAUAAUAUAACGAAUAAUGUGUGCUACGUGGCUGCUAGAAUAGUUGAUAAAUUGUGGCAAGGUGCUUUGACAAAAGAUCCGCAUGAAGUAUUUGAUUUUAUCGUAAAGUUAAUUGGACAAGCAAAAAGACGCCCAGGUGUCGUUAGUAUGGAAGGGCUUCAUCAUUGUUUAAACAGAACAAUUUUAUUUUUACUAUCACGAGCAACAGAUUCUAUAGCUGAUCAAAUGGCCGUGUUAGAAGCGUUGCAUAAACUUACCAACCACAGAUUGUUAGUUUUCGGCGCUGGAAAUCAUGAAUUAGAAUUUAUUGGUUGUCUAACUUAUUGUUUAUUACAACUGACAGCUGAUAUAAAGAUUAUGCUUGAUACGAAUACGAAAACAACAUGGCACGUUAAUCCACAAGUUGAAGCCAGUGAUGAUAGAUUAACAUCUCAUCAAGGUCAUAAUCUGAUGGCCGUUGCUGCUACAAGAGUGUGGGAAGAGUUAUAUGUAUGUAAAAAGCCUGCUAUAGAAGAAGUUUUUAAAAUUACUCUGCCAGUACCUAUAGGUAAUGAACGUGCUCCUGAAUUAUCGAUAGUAAGGGAUCAGGUACAUGAUGCUGCAACUAAGCUUUGGUUAAAUUAUGUUGUUAUGGAAAGAAAAGCUUCGUAUAGAGUUCCAUGGGAACUUCAUAAUCAAAUACAAUCGAAAAUUCAAAAAGUAACAGGAGGUUUAACAAGAUUAGCAAGUAGAACAAAAGUUCGGAAAGAAGAAUCAGUACGCGUAAGAUUAAGAUUACAUCAAAACACUGUAGCACAAUGGACAGAACAACAUAUUGCAUUGGUUCGCGAACUUGCUACAGCGAAACGCUUGCAUUACAUACAAACUAAUCAACAUACUCAACGAUAUGAGUGGUUACAAACCGAAACUGAAUUAACAAGAGAACGUGGUUUAUGGGGACCGCCAACUCCCACCAGACUUGACAAAUGGAUGUUAGAUAUGACUGAAGGCCCAUGCAGGAUGAGGAAAAAGAUGAUGAAAAAUGAGCUUUUUUACAUACAUUAUCCUUACCGACCUGAAUUGGAGCAUCCCGAUAAUAAACAAUUGAAGUACAAAGUUGCAACAAGCACUGAUAGUAAAGAAUACUAUUUAAAGCAACUUGGCAAUUCAUCUGGCAUGUUUGAACGUGAACGUGAUCCUGUUAUUGAUGAUACACCAUUGAAUGUUAAUGAUGCUUCUACGGAGAGUGAACCUCCUAUGGUACCUUGUACAUUAGAACGUCAUGCUAGUGAACCUGAUGAAGCGCCAGAAGACAAUGAACAAGAAGAAGAAAAUAAUCAGACUGUUCCAGACAAUCAGACUUUAAUACGAUUAUUAGAGGAACACGAAAAAAUAAGUCACAUGUUCAGAUGUGCUAGAAUUCAAGGUUUAGAUACAACUGAAGGUUUAUUGUUAUUUGGAAAAGAACAUUUUUAUGUUGUUGAUGGAUUCACACUGUUAAAAUCUAGAGAAAUAAGAGACAUUGAGAGUUUACCCGAAGCUUAUGAACCAAUUUUACCAUCGCCGGGCUCUCCUAGAAGAUCUAGAGCUAUGAGGCAAUGUUCGAAAUUUAAUUAUGAAGAUAUUCGAGAAGUACAUAAAAGAAGAUAUUUGUUACAACCAAUGGCAUUAGAAGUAUUCAGUGGAGAUGGUAGAAAUUAUUUAUUAGCAUUUCCCCGUAAAGUAAGAAAUAAAGUUUAUCAAAGAUUUAUGACAUUUGCAACCGCAAUUGCUGACAGUGCGCAACAAUCGGUUGCUGGUCAAAAGAGAACAGCAAAUGUAGAACAAGCUACAGGUUUGCUUUCGAAUCUAAUAGGUGAAACAUCUGUUACGCAACGAUGGGUGAGAGGCGAAAUAUCUAAUUUUCAGUAUCUGAUGCAUCUUAAUACUUUAGCUGGUCGUAGCUAUAAUGAUUUAAUGCAAUAUCCAAUAUUUCCUUGGAUCUUGGCCGAUUAUGAUAGUGAAGAAUUGGAUCUUACUGAUCCCACAACAUUUAGAGAUUUUAGCAAACCUAUGGGUGCACAAAGUCCAGAACGAUUGUUACAGUUUAAAAAGAGGUAUAAAGAAUGGGAUGAUCCACACGGAGAAACACCUCCUUAUCAUUAUGGAACUCAUUAUUCUUCAGCAAUGAUAGUCUGUUCAUAUUUAGUGAGGAUGGAACCAUUUACACAACAUUUUCUUCGAUUACAGGGUGGACAUUUCGAUCUAGCGGAUAGAAUGUUUAAUAGCAUAAAAGAAGCAUGGCUUUCGGCAUCUAAACAUAACAUGGCUGAUGUGAAAGAACUUAUACCAGAGUUUUUUUAUCUUCCAGAAUUUCUUGUUAAUUCAAAUCAUUUUGAUUUAGGUUCCAAACAGAGUGGUGUACAAUUGGGAGAUAUUGUAUUACCACCAUGGGCAAAACAAGAUCCUCGAGAAUUCAUACGCGUGCACCGGCUUGCUUUAGAAUGUGAUUACGUAUCACAACAUCUUCAUCAAUGGAUCGAUUUAAUAUUUGGUUGUAAACAAAAUGGCCCUGCUGCAGUCGAAGCUGUUAAUGUUUUUCAUCAUUUAUUCUAUGAAGGCAAUGUUGAUAUUUAUAACAUUGAUGAUCCUCUGAAGAAGAAUGCCACUAUCGGAUUUAUUAAUAAUUUUGGUCAAAUACCGAAACAACUGUUUAAAAAACCACAUCCAGCUAAAAAAAUGACCCAAAGAACUAGUGUUAUUGAUCCAGGGCCUAUUACUCCUGGCUUAAGCAUUACUACAUCUGACAAAUUGUUCUUUCACAACCUUGAUAACUUGAAGCCGUCGCUUCAACCAAUCAAAGAACUGAAAGGUCCAGUUGGACAAAUACUUCAUGUUGAUAAAGCAGUUUUAGCCGUGGAGCAAAAUAAAACGCUUAUUCCUCCGUCAUAUAACAAAUACGUAGCGUGGGGUUUCGCAGAUCAUUCUCUUAGAAUAGGAAACUAUGACAGCGACAAAGCAAUAUUUGUUUGUGAAGCUAUGAUACAGAGUGGUGGUGAAAUAGUUGCUUGCGUUUGUCCGUCUUCCAAAUUGAUAGUAACUGCUGGCACAAGUUCCGUGGUGACAGUGUGGGAAUAUACCAAAAGACAACUUUCUAUUAAACAAUGUUUGUACGGACACACGGAUGCUGUUACGUGUUUGUCGUCUAGCCCAGCAUACAAUGUAAUUGUGUCAGGAUCUCGAGACGGUACUGCAAUUAUAUGGGAUUUAUCUCGUUGCUUAUUUGUUCGUCAACUUCGCGGACAUGCAGGUCCAGUGGCUGCAGUAGCUAUAAAUGAACUAACAGGUGACAUAGCUACUUGUGCAGCUACUUGGUUACAUGUGUGGAGCAUUAAUGGCGAAGAACUUGCUAGCGUUAAUACAUGUGUUGGUCGCGCUGAUAGAAUGCAGCAAAUUUUAUGCGUUGCUUUCAGUCAAACUCACGAAUGGGAUUCACAGAAUGUUAUUAUGACUGGUUCAACUGAUGGUGUAGCUCGUAUGUGGUCGAUGGAUUACGUACAAGUGCCUGCAGAAGAAGAGAAACCAGAGGAAGUUAUUAUUACCAAAGAAAAACACACGAAGUCAAAUAAAAAUGAAAGUCAAAAUGAAAAUACGAAAAAGCGAGUGCACGAAUUAGUUAAACAGAUGAGCAUUUCUGCAGAAGGUUCAAGUUUGCUUGCAAAAAGUGGUUCAGAAAGUAGUCUUUCAGAACCAGAAAAUGCUAAAGAAGCAUCAAGAUUACAUGAAGAGAAAGAAGAAUGUUCGGAUAACGAAUCAAGCAAUGGUUCCAGUAACAAACCAUCGCCACAGAAUAAUAAUACUUCUACUAUUGUACUUCGAAGAAAGAGUCGUGGAAAUCCAAUGUUUCGUAAAAGUGAAGGUGGCGGACGUGCAGAUAGCGAGGGUACUCAAACAAGUGAGUCAUCUAAUAAUCCUGGGGAUUCUGAAGGAGCUCUACGAGCUAGUAAAAGUGAUACUAGUCUAACAGAUAGUUUCGUCAUGGUUACUGAAGCUGAUACAAAACCUAAAAAAAUUAAUCCACAAAAUAUCUUAAGGGACGGUUUUAAAUGGCAACGGCAAUUAGUAUUUAGAAGUAAAUUAACGAUGCAUACUGCAUAUGAUCGGAAAGAUAAUGCAGAACCAGCAUCUAUAACGGCUCUCGCAGUAUCAAGAGAUCAUAGAACAGUCUAUGUUGGAGAUACGAGAGGAAGAGUUUUUUCAUGGAGUGUAUGUGAACAACCGGGACGUACGGUGGCCGAUCAUUGGCUUAAAGAUGAAGGAGCAGAUUCAUGUGUUGGUUGUGGAGUUAGAUUUAAUCUUUAUGAGAGGAGACACCAUUGUCGCAAUUGUGGACAAGUAUUUUGCUCGAAAUGCAGCCGAUUUGAAUCGAAAAUAUCUAGACUUGGGAUUUUAAAGCCCGUUAGAGUUUGUCAAGGUUGUUAUUCAUCAUUACGUUCUCAGCACUCUGCUGAGAGUAGCAUUUAAAUAUAUUAAUGUAUUCUAUGGUUUUGUAUCAGUUAUUGGUUUCAGAAUGGAUACAGCGAGAAUAUACAUAGCAAUCGCAAUGUAUCCCUUUUUGUUUUUAUCCGAAUUUUUGUACAAGAGAAACGAAGCGUGCAUUUCCUUUCUUUUUCGUAUCUUGAGAAAUUUUUGUAUUUCCGAAAGAGAGGCAGGAAAAUUGAUCGCUGCAUUUUUUAUGUAAUUAAUUUUGGUAUCAACAGUCUUUUGCUUUAAAGAUUGAAAUCAUUUCAUUCUUUUUUUCCCAUGAACAAAACGCUUAAUACUACAAUACAUUCCUGUCGAUCCUAUAAUAUUUCUCGUAUAUACUUUUUAUUAUUCUAAGGAACUAAGCUAUUUCCUAACAUAAUCGGCCUGUUUUCACAUUAUCGACAGGUUUGUACUGACAAAAUUUUAAAAGAUAGUGUUUGAAAAUUGAUACAACAUUUGAAUCUUCAAGCACACAUUGUAAAACACGAACAUAUUUUUUUUUCAAUGUUUAACUUUUAAUCAUAUCUAAUACAUUUUUACAUUAUGUGUAUUUAUAUGCUGAAGAACAAUGUGUACAGUUAUAUUCUGUAUUGUAUAUUUGAUUCAUAUGUUGCACUUUUUAAUGACAAAGACUUUAUAUACGAAAUUAUGUAUAGCAGCACUUAUUUAAAACGCUUAGUCUGUGAUUUUUUCUUUCCUAGUUUAAUUUAAUGAAUUUAUAAUUAAUAAAUUUCGAAAAUAAUUAUUACUAGUAAUAAUAAUGAUAAUAAGAAUAA